AUGAGGGGCUUUGGCUUGCGGAUGGAGAGCGCGUCCGAAGCCAUCUCCUUUGCCUUCUUGAUGCUCGUGGUGCUCCUCUUGGCGCUCGGCAUCAUCUUUUGCGUAGGCGGGCUCGUGGCCGGGUGCGUUUCGAGAAUCUCCACGAAGUACUGCAAGAGGAAACGGGCUGCGCAGGAUCCAUCUUCCGGCAAUGACUCGGCUGUUCGGGACGGCGGCGACGGCGACGGCGACGACAACGACAACGACAACGGGGACGAGUCCUUUGGUUGGGACGGUGCCGCUCCGCCCAGGUACGGCACAUGGGUCGACGAAGAGCCGGGAGUGGGUGGUAGGGAUGCGCUGGAGUUGGUGGUCAGGAUGCCUCCUUGCCAUCACAGGCAGCGAAAUGGGCUCGACGGCUGGUGA